AACAAGGACAUGGCUUCAAAUGAAAGAGAGAUUGUCGUUUGGGUGUGCCAGGAAGAGAAGAUUGUAUGUGGCCUGACAAAGCGCACAACUUGUGCAGAAGUGAUUGAAGCGCUGCUUGAGGAACAUCAGGCAACAUUUGGAGAGAAAAAGGUCCUUUUUGGAAAACCUAGUGAUUACUGCAUUGUAGAAAAAUGGAGAGGCUCGGAAAGAGUACUUCCUCCCUUGACAAGGAUCCUGAGACUUUGGAAGGCCUGGGGGGAAGAGCAGUCUAAUUUGCACUUUGUCUUGGUGAAGUCAGAUGCUUUCCUCUCAUUUCCAUUGUGGAAGACAGCUGAAGCUAAGGUAGUACAAAAUGUAGAAAAACAGUGGGACCUCAGUCCCGCAAAUUACAUGAAGAUGUUGCCAAUAGACAAACAAAAGAAAAUUGUCAGGAAGACUUUCCGGAAACUGGCCAAACUUAAACAGGACAGUGUUCAGCAAGAGAGAGAUAAUAUGGAGACACUGAUUCAUCUGAUAAUUUCUCAAGAUCAUACCAUUCAUCAGCAAGUCCUUAGAAUGAAGGAACUAGAUAUGGAAAUUGAAAAAUGUGAAGCAAAAUUCCAUCUAGAUCGUGUGGCCAAUGAUGGAGAAAAUUAUGUGCAGGACUCCUAUUUAAUGGUCAAUCCAAGUGAGGCUGAGCAGCAAGGGAGUAGACUAGAUGACCAAAAAGAGAUGCAUGACUAUUUGAGCAAAAGUGAGGGAAUAUUACAGGUUGAAGAGAGACUGAAACAUCACAAACAAUUAAUAGAGAAGCUGUGUGCUGAAAUUGAAAGAGAAGUACAUGGUAUAUGCACAGAAAAAAAUGGAGAUGAUGUUCACCCAGAAGGAGCUGCUGAUGCCGAACUGGAAAAUUCGAAUUUGGAAAGUGUAAAAUGUGAGCUGGAAAAGAGUAUGAAAGAUGGUCUGAGAAUCAACUCAUACCUGAGCUGCAUUCAGAAAGAACUUACAUACAGGGACUCACUGCUUCAAAAGAAGGAAAAAGAAUACGAACUUCUUACAGAGGAAUUUAAUUUGCUACAUGUUAAAGACAACAUUGAAAUUAGGCUUCCAUCAAAUGAAGAGCCAUCCAAGGGCAGUGGCAACUCCACUAACAGCGUUGCUCCUGACUUUGUUCAUAGAGUGACUAAUCUGGACAUAAAUGAUACAGACUCUGACACUGGAAUCAGCUCUACACACAGUCAGGACUCUGAGAUAACUUCAGGGGACACAGUACUGUUGUCAACAUAA